AUGGCGUACUUGUUGCAGCAAGCAAGACGGGUGGCAUUUGACUCGAACAAAUCCCCCGAACGUCAAGCGUCACCACAAAUCCAGCGACUUAAACGCUCGGCCCCGUUAUCACUCUUCAUCGAAGCCUUGGAAAAGGAUGGCUGUGUGAUCAUCAGCGACUUCACCGACGAGUCAACGUUGAGACAAGCGGACGAAGAGAUCAGGCCCUGGCUAGAGCAUGAGGAUGAAGGAGCCGUGGUUGGCGCCCUACAGGGCAAGACUAGGACAGUGACUCGGCUCAUUGGCAGAAGCCCGACCGUACGUGAGAAGUUCUUCGCCGACCCCAUAUACCAGGACUUGUGCGAGCAUUUUCUGGCACUGGAAACGACACAUUGGUACGGUGAAAAACCUUUGACGACCACCAGUCACCCGCUGCUUUCCAUCUCCAUCACCUUUGACAUCCCACCGAGUACGCCGGCGCAGGGACUCCAUCGUGAUGACAAGAACCACCACGCACGUCACAGCAAAGCAGAGUCGUACCACAAGGGGCGUGACAUGCUCCUUGGCCUGUUUGUUCCCGCAUGCAACACUUCCAAAGCAAACGGUGCCACGAGAGUGGUCCCCGGUAGUCACCUGUGGGACGAUGAGAUGCCCGACUUUGGUCGCGACGGCACCCAGGGCGUGGUCAACGCCGAGAUGAACAUGGGAGAGGCAUUCAUCAUGCUGGGCUCUCUCUAUCACGGCGGCGGCGCGUACGAAAAGCCACUGGGAACGACCAAGGAAGGCGGACGGGAGAGCAGGACGGUACAUGCCAUGUUCUCUUGCAGUGGGGUGCAUCGACAAGAGGAGAUUUCAUUCCUGUCUUACCCCAUCGAAGAGGUCAAAACGUACUCGAAACUCGUUCAAGAACGACUUGGUUGGAAACAAAGUGAGCCAAAUCUGGGUUGGGUGGAUCUCAAAUCCCCCGAGUACUUGCUUGCACCGUAA